AUGGCGAGUUGGGAUUCACUACCCGGCUUUGCCCUUUUGUGUUUUAUUUUAAUUUUAUGUACAAAAGCUCAAGUUUUAACGCCGCCUUAUUUUAAUUUAGCUCAAACAAGAAAUAUUACUGCAUCGGCUACGUGUGGGGAAGAUGUAGCCGGACCCGAACUUUUUUGUAGAUUGACCGGUGCAACAAGUGACCAUUUACGACGUGAUGAAGGCGAUCGGGAAUUGAUCCGUGGUCAGUUGUGUGAUCAUUGUAAUAACCAAAUCCCCGAAUUAACACAUAAAGUUGAAUAUGCUACUGAUGGUACACAGAGAUGGUGGCAGAGUCCCCCCUUGUCAAGAGGAACCCAAUAUAAUAAAGUUAAUCUUACUGUCAACUUGGGACAGGAAUUCCAUGUGGCUUAUGUCUUUAUCAAAAUGGCUAACUCUCCAAGACCAGGUGUUUGGGCACUACUUCGAUCAACAGAUUUUGGAGAAACCUAUAAACCAUGGCAGUAUUUUGCUGAUACACCAAGCGAUUGCUUGGAAUUCUUCAAUACUCCUGCAAACAGACGGAUAGUGUUUGAUGAUCAAGUUUUAUGUACUACAGAAUUCUCAAAAGUUGUACCUUUAGAAAAUGGAGAGAUUGUCAUCUCAUUGGUGAAUGAAAGACCUAAUGCCAAAAACUUCUCUUAUGCUGACAAUUUACAAAAUUGGACAAAAGCCACAAAUAUUAGAUUGCAGUUUAUCAGAACAAAAACUCUACUAGGUCAUUUAAUGGCUGUAGCAAGAGAAGAUCCUUCUGUUACCAGACGUUAUUACUACAGUAUUAAGGAUAUAUCUAUUGGUGGACGUUGUGUAUGUAAUGGUCAUGCUGAAACAUGUGAUACACCAGACAAAACUGAUCCAACUAAAUUAUUAUGUACAUGUCAACAGAAUACAUGUGGUGAUCAGUGUGAACAGUGUUGUCCCGGUUUCGUACAGAAGGCUUGGCGGAGAGCUUUAGCUGAACAACCAUUUGCUUGUGAACCGUGUCAGUGUUAUGGUCAUACAUCAGAAUGUAUCUAUGAUGAAGAGGUAGCUCAACAGAGACGUAGUAUAGACAUAUAUGGUACCUACGAAGGUGGUGGUGUAUGUCAGAAUUGUCAGGAUAAUACCAUGGGUAUAAACUGUGAAACCUGUGUACCAACCUACUAUAGACCAUAUUAUGUAGAACGUAAUGCUACAGAUGCCUGUCAGAAAUGUCAGUGUGAUUUACGUAUAUCAACUGGUGAAUGUGAAGAAGGUAGUGGUAGAUGUUUAUGUAGAAUUGAGUUUGCUGGAGAUAAUUGUGAUAGGUGUAAUGUUGGUUACUAUGCAUACCCUACCUGUAAACCAUGUGAUUGUAAUAUUAAUGGUACUGAUGGUGACAUCUGCACAGUUGAAGGUGCUGGCCAGUGUCCUUGUAAACCAAAUUAUGUUGGUAAAAAAUGUGAUAUGUGUGCAUUUGGUUCUUGGAAUUUCCCAGAAUGCCAGCCUUGUGAAUGUAAUAGUGUUGGUUCUCCUAGCACAACAUGUAACGUAGAGACUGGACAAUGUCGGUGUUCAACAAACUAUGGUGGUCGAGAUUGUGAUCAAUGUGCUGAUGGUUUCUAUGGUUACCCUAACUGUCAGUAUUGUGAUUGUGAUGUAGCAGGUACAGAAGAAGGUGUAUGUGAUAAAACAACUGGUUCAUGUUUAUGUAAAGCUAAUUAUGCUGGAUCAAGAUGUGAUAGAUGUACUCCUGGUUACUAUGGUUUCCCCAAUUGCGUUGAAUGUCAGUGUGCUGAAUCUGGUUCACGUAGUCCAAUAUGUCAGGUAGAUGGCCAGUGUUCAUGUAAUAGGAAUUAUGGUGGUCAGAACUGUGACAGAUGUUCUCCAGGUUUCUACAGAUAUCCAGAAUGUGUCCCCUGUAACUGUGAUUAUUAUGGAGCAUAUGGUGUAGCAUGUAAUCAGACAGUAGGACAAUGUACAUGUAGACAAAAUUUUGAAGGUUUAACAUGUGGAAAAUGUAUGGAAGGAUUUUUCAACUAUCCUGUCUGUGAAGAAUGUAAUUGUAAUCCUGAUGGUGCCAAGGAGGUUCCUGGCUAUCCUCUGGGAGGUUGUGGAGAGGUUAUUAAAGGUCAACUAUGUGAAUGUAAAGAGCGUGUACAGGGUCGUAUCUGUGAUACAUGUAAACCUGGUUAUUACAGUCUUAAUCGUAAUAAUCCUCUAGGAUGUGAAGAAUGUCGUUGUCAUAAACCUGGUACUGUAUCUGGUGAUAAUAUAUGUGAUGUCAACACUGGUCAGUGUGUCUGUAAAACUGACGUUACUGGACAGAAUUGUCAGGAAUGUGCAGAUGGUACCUACAACUUACAGGCUAUUAAUCCAUUUGGUUGCCAAGAUUGUCGAUGUGAUAUGGGAGGUUCUCUAAGUUUAACUUGUAACAAGGUAACAGGACAUUGUAUCUGUAAACCAAGAGUAACAGGCAUGAAAUGUGAACAACCUAUCAAGACUCAUUUCUUCCCUGAUCUACAUCAGUAUAAAUAUGAAAUAGAAGAUGGCAUUACACCAGAGGGUAAUACUAUACGAUAUGGUUAUGAUGAGAGAAUAUUUCCUCGAUAUUCUUGGAGAGGUUACGCCAUUCUCACGCAGUUACAGCCUGUAGUUCGACUAGAUGUUGAAAUCACCAAGCCUAGUUUGUUUAGAAUGAUCUACAGAUAUGUUAAUCGUAACGCCAAUUCUGUCAAAGGAACAAUAACUCUGACACCAGAAUCUACAAGAGAAUCAGUUCAAACUAGUGAGGUUCAUUUCGCUUCUACUCAAACUCCUGAAUUUGUCAAUGUUGGACCAGUUGGAUCUGAAGCUACAUUUGUACUGAAUCCUGGUCGCUGGACAAUUUCGACUUCAUCUCCUGAUAUUCUGUUUUUGGAUUACUUUGUAUUGAUACCACAAGCUUACUAUGAAGCUACUGUUAUACAAGAUAAAGUUAUUAGACCAUGUGCUAUUCCUGCUAAUGGUGAAGCAUGUUUACACUAUGGUUACCCAGAUUUAAAAGGUUAUCCAACAAUACGUGGAGAUGCAGGUUAUGUUGUCGUUGAUCAACAGAGAGAAAGUAUUGAAGGUUAUCCUGAUGAACAAGUGCUAAAUGAACUAGGUGUGUCAGACCUCGGCCAUCUCAGACCUAAUCAGACAUUUUUCUACCUGGAUUUAAGCGUACCAUUUCCUGGUGAUUAUGUGCUUGUAUUGAAUUAUUAUAAUCCUGAUGAUCAACAACAUGAUUUAACAGUAGAUAUAGCGUCUAUUGAUGGUAGAACUAAUGCUAUAGUUAACUUGUUUAAAUGUCAAUUCAGUACGUUAUGUCGUCAAGUAUUUAAAACUGAAGAUGGUAUGGUUGGUGUAUUUAAUAUCAGUUCAGGAAGAGUUUCUCUAACUUUACGUGGUGACGAAAAUAUCAAUAUUGGUGUUGAGUCUGUUUCUGCCAUUCCUAUUGAAGACUGGAAUCCUGGCUUCAUUCAACCAAGAAUUAUUUGUAUACGAGUCAAUGGCUAUUGUGCACCAUCUACAUACACCAAUCCCGGUGGAGCUGUUAGAAUAGAGUUUGAACAGGCACCAAAUGAACAUCGUCUAGCUACAGAUUUCCCACCAGGAAUGUUAGAUAACAAUGUUGGUCUUGUUAAACUCAACUUGAGUGAUCCUAGUAUAGAAGUAGAAGGUGUUGUACGAACACCCAGUCAACAUGUAUUUUUAAUACAAUAUUAUCAACCUAAUAGUGUAGGAAUAGAUGUACCAGUUACAGUAUAUGUCGGUGGACAGCCAAUAAAAGGUAUUUUCCACUCUACGUAUUGUCCGAGUGUCACUGGGUGUCGAGGAACAGUGAGAUUUGAUGAAGUAUCUAGUGAGAUUUUAUCAUUAAAAGAUACUAAUGUAAGACUUGUGGUUAAUAAUACAGAGGAUACUGAUCUUUGGUUGGAUUAUGUUCUACUUGUACCAGCUGGUAACUAUAGAUUAACUGAUUUAGAUCUUAAUCCUAUUGAUAAGUCUGCUAACUUCCUCCAAAGAUGUGUUAAUGAAGGAUUUGAAUUGAGGUUUGAAGAUAAGGAAUGUCGUGAGGGAGCCUUCACUUUAACAACAGAAUUUAAUAAUGGUGCUCUAUCAUGUGAUUGUAAUCUUGAUGGUUCAUUGAGUUUUAAUUGUGAUUCUUUUGGUGGUCAAUGUCAGUGUCGACCUAAUGUUAUUGGCAGAAAGUGUACAGCUUGUCAGCCUGGUUACCAUGGUUUCCCUAGAUGUCAAGAAUGUAAUUGUCCGUUUGGUUUAUGUCAUCCUUUAACUGGUCAAUGUACGUGUCCACCUCGAGUUACUGGUGAGAGAUGUGAUAGAUGUAGAGAUGAAACAUACGGUUAUGAUGCUCUCAUUGGUUGUCAAGAAUGUGAAUGUAAUCAACAGGGCGUGAUUGCUGAAGAUCUAAAUUGUGAUGAUAAUACAGGUCAAUGCAGAUGUCAAGCGAAUAUUGGAGGUAGAAAGUGUGAUACAUGUUUUGCUGGCUACUAUAUAUUUCCACUGUGUCGUGAGUGUGACUGUGAUAGACGUGGUACUACUAGCGAUAUCUGUGAUCAGAGAACAUCUCAAUGUUUCUGUAAGGAAAAUGCAGCAGGAGAUAGAUGUGAUGUUUGUGCAGAUGACACGUAUUUCCUGGAUGAGAGAAACCCUGUUGGCUGUACUAAAUGUUUCUGUUUUGGUACCACCACUAGAUGUGAUAGCUCAGGCCUCUUCUGGCAGAAUUUCAGGGAUAUGAUAGGUUGGUCUGUUACUAAUACUUUAAAUGGUUCAAUUAUUGAAGCUGGCAAGACCAUAGCUGUUAAUGCCAAGAAUAAUAUAGCUGAUACUACCCAAGCCUUAUACUGGGUAACACCAACAUCUUAUCUUGGAAACAGAUUAACAUCUCAUGGAGGUAAAUUAAAGUACACAGUAUUAUUCACUCUGCCACGUGAAAACCCAGAAGAGUCAUUGGGUCUUAUUAAACCAGAUGUCAUUAUCAUCGGUAAUAACAUGUCUAUAGAAAGUUAUCAAGAUAUACAACCUACUGCUAAUGUACAGACUGAUAUGGAACUCACUUUACUUCGUCAAAAUUUUGUUGUUUCAUCAAGUGGAGAUGAAGUAACACAAGCCCAGUUUAUGUUGAUAUUAGUUAAUAUUCAAGCUAUACAUAUCCGUGCUUCUUACUAUACAAUUAUUGAUGAAGGAAGAUUAACAGAUGUGAUUUUAGAAGUAGCAGCAGCUGAUGGAACUGGUGAUCGAGCUAAUAACGUUGAACAAUGUCAAUGUCCUCCAAAUUACCAGGGAACAUCUUGUGAGGAGUGUGCACCAGGUCAUUUCCGAUCUUUGAGUACACCAUAUUUGGGUAUUUGUGUACCAUGUGACUGUAAUGGACAUGCUGAAUCAUGCGAUCCAUACACAGGAGAAUGUUUUAACUGUCAAGACAAUACCUAUGGAACCAAUUGUGAAAUGUGUUGGGCAGGUCACUAUGGUGAUCCUGCUUCAGGUCCGUGUCAAAUGUGUGCCUGUCCUUUAGCUGUACAAUCAAACAAUUUUGCUACAACUUGUUAUAUAUCUGAUGAUGGUAGAACAUCUAAUUGUCAAUGUCGGGAUGGUUACUAUGGGGAUAAUUGUGAGAGAUGUGCUCCAGGUUACUAUGGUGAUCCCCGUACAGAAGGUGGUUAUUGUCAGCCAUGUGAUUGUAGUGGUAAUAUAGAAUUAACUAACUGGGGUGCAUGUGAUCAAACUACAGGUCAAUGUCUCCAGUGUGUUAAUAACACCAUGGGAGAGAAAUGUGAAAUAUGUCGAGAUUGGUACUAUGGUGAUGCAGUAUAUAACAAAGAUUGUGAUCGUUGUACAUGUGAUUAUUGUGGAUCUGACAAUUGUGAUAAUUCAAAUGGUGUUUGUUCCUGUAAACCCAAUGUUGUUGGUGUUGAUUGUAACCAAUGUGCUCCCUAUUCCUAUGGAUUUGAAGAAUGUGCUGGAUGUAGUCAAUGUGAAUGUGGUCAAGCAUCUGAAACUCCACAGUGUGAUAUUUUAACUGGACAGUGUACAUGUAAACCUAAUGUACUGGGUAGAAAAUGUGAUCAAUGUCAACAUGGUUACUGGAAUUAUGGAAGCAAUGGAUGUGAGAAAUGUGCGUGUAUGAACGGUGGAGCUAUAUCAUGUGAUGCUGUAUCUGGUAUAUGUCAGUGUUUACCAGGUGUAACAGGUAGUCUAUGUGAUAGAUGUUUAGAUAGAUGGGUAUUGAUACCAGAAAUUGGCUGUCAAGAAUGUGAUAACUGUGUUCAUAUUUUGAUUGAUGAUUUGGAUGUAUUUGAUCGUAAUGUUACUAUUGUUAAACGACAAUUGGCCUCGGUAUCAGUAGGAGUGGGUGCCUUCAUGAAGAUUAAUCAAAUCAAUGAUACAGUACAUAUGUUGAGGCCACAAGUUAAAAGUCUGUACUCAAGAACUGAUGACGAAGCACUACCACCACUUAGAGAUGGUUUACAAAAAGUAUCUGAAUCAGUAAUGGACGCCUUUGAUAGGUCUGAACGACUGAAAGGAGAAGCCAAUGCUGUGGACGCUGAUGCCAAAUCUUUGCGUGAUGAAGCUGUUGAAUUAGAAAUGUUAACAAGAAAAAACUCAGCUGAGGCUGAUGAGGCUAUUGGAGAAAUCAAUGAAGUAUUAAGACGAAUGUUAGAUCGUAUUCAAGUAUCUUAUGUAGAUGUUUAUAUAAAUGAAGCCGAGUCCACGCUAUCUAGAAUUGAGGCUAGAGGGUUUGAUGCACAGAAUCAGAGCUGUCAAGUUGAAAUAGCAGAAGCUGAACGAGUGCAAAAGAUGGCUCGUGAUCUACAGACAACGGUAAUUAAACAACUAAAUGAAAGUAAUAUGGUUGCUGAGGCUGUUUAUGAUGUCAAUGUUAGAUUGGAUGAUUUACAAAACAGCAGUCGUUUCUCUCAAUUUGAAUCGAGUGAAUCAAUGGAGUUAUUGAGGACAUUACGAAACAUCAACCUUGAUAAAUUGGAGAAAUCUAUAGAAGGUAUUUUAACAGCUAGAGAUGAUUCUAAUAAUUUAGUAGAUAUGUCUCGUAAACUGUUGGAUCAAGCUAGAGUUGCCAUGGACAGCUGUCAAGAGAUCUUCCUGGAAAUUGAUAGAGAAUCAUCCAGACUAGAGUCUGGAGUAGAGGCAUUGAGUAUAUUUGUUGAAGAUUUGGAACAAGGGCUUUCUAUGGUAGAGCCAUUGUUAGGGAAUGUCACACAGCAUGCUGAAAAUUUAGCUAACCAAUCGGCACAACUAGACAGUUUGUACACCAAUACUAGAGAUACAGCAGCAAAUGCUCUACAAGCAGCUAAAGCUUACACAGAUAUAGUUGAUGCUAUUAAUAAUGCUGAGAAUGGUUCUGUUAUGGCUGUAGAUGAAGCUGAACAAGCAUUAGAUAAGUCUAGUGGUGUGGGAGAUGCUACAGCUAAAUCUAGAGAAAGCAGUGAUACUCUAUUGGCGUCUGCUAAUAAGGAAUACAUUAAAACAGAAAAGGAACUGGCUGCUCGUUUACAAGAUGCUAAAGAUCAAACAAUGGAAUUGAUGAACUUGAAUACUAAAGUAGAAAAAGAUCUAGAAGAUGUUCAAGAGAUUAUUGAUAAUUUACCAUCUGGAGAUUUAGGAAGAUCAAGUGUUGCUAUUAAUCAGGCAGAUGAAUCGUUGAAUAAAGGCAAGAAUGCUGAGAAUCAGAUUGUUAGUAUCAUUAAUCAACUACCUGAAGAUGAAAGAAAAAUCAAAAAAAUUCCAACAGAUAUUAUAAAAGCUGAUAGAGAUAUGUUGAAAACAAGAAAUCAAUUAAACACCAUCAGAAAUCUGUCACCAGAUAUGAAUAAUUUGAUCAAAUCUUUAGGAGAGCGAUCUGGUAGAUUAACCGAUAUUGGACGAACUAUUUCAGCUAAUGUAACACAACUUAAGGAGAAAAUUGCUCUAGCUAGAGAUGAAGCUAAUAGGAUUCGAGUUGGUUUGCGUUUCCUGUCCAAUACAACUCUAACUGUACGUAAUCCAGCUAGCAUUGAACAAGCUGGUUCCUAUAGUAAGGUCUCCUUCUAUUUUCGUACAGAUAAUCUGAACGGUCUUUUGCUUUAUUUGGGCGGUGAUCAGAAAUCGAGAAGACCAGAACCUGAUGAUUAUAUUGCUCUAGAAUUAUUGAAUGGUCAGAUAGUGUUCAAAUAUAAUCUGGGAUCAGGUGCUGCUAGAAUAGUUAGUCCACAGAGAGUUGAUGAUGGUAUGUGGCAUCAGGUAAUAGCUGAGAGAAUUGGGAAAGCUGGAUAUUUGACGAUUAGAACUGAUAAACAAGAUGAUACUAAAGUUAGCGGGCAGUCUGAAGGAACAUUUACUGUAUUAGAGUUAAAUCCCCUGACUACUGUAAUGUAUGUCGGUGGUGCUCCAGACGAUGUUUCACUGCCUGAAAACUUGUUACGUAUACCCUAUGAUGGUGUAAUAGAAGAUGUUGUAUUUGAUGAACAGCCCAUUGGUUUGUGGAAUUUCCGUAAUGGAGAAAAUAAUUAUAUGGGAGCCCUUGAAAGAGAUGUUUUCAAGGCUAUUACAUCAAAUGGAUUGAGGUUUAAUGGAAGAGGCUAUGUAAUAUUGAGCCAAAAAGAUUUAGGAUUCAGACCAGCUAAAUCUGUCGAUGUUUUACUGAAAUUCAAAACAUAUGCUGAGAAUGGUCUUCUUGUUUACAUGACUGAUGCUAAACGUGACUUCCUUUCUGUUGAGAUACGUGAAGGUCAAUUAAUAUUCCAGUAUGACCUUGGUUUUGGACGUGCUACCUUGAAGUCGCCUGAUCGUUAUAAUGAUGGUGCCUGGCACAGUAUUCAAGCAAGCCGAGUGGAGAAAGAUGGCUUACUUUUAGUGGACGGGUCUGAAGUUGCUCGGGGUGAGAGUAAAGGAACAUUAAAGGAGUUAGCUAUUAAUGAUGAAAUAUUUAUAGGAGGUUAUAAUCAACCUGAACUUUCUACCAAAGAUGUUACAAGUGAAGGUUUUGAAGGAUGUAUUAAAGAUUUACAAUUUAAAUCAACUUUAUGGGAUCUCAAUAAUAAUCGUGGUGCUAAAGGUGUUGUUGUUGGUUGUCCUGAACAGAUUGCUAGAGUGGUGUCAUUUAGUGCUAAUAGACCAGGUAUUGUGGCUGUAUCUGCUGAAAGUGUUGGACAAAUGUUUGAUCUCACUUUUAAAAUGAAAACUUUCCAGAAUGACAGUUUAUUACUUUAUACAGCUGAUAAUACUCAGUCCAGUGCUUUUUCUGUAGCUAUAGUUAAAGGUAAAAUUGUUGUAUUCAGUAACCCUGGUAACCAACCAACACGACUAGAGAGUAAAUAUGAUAAAUAUGCUGAUGGUAACUGGCAUUAUAUAUCUAUCAUGAAGGAUGGUUUAAAAUUAACUAUGAAUAUUGAUGAUUAUGAGAUAUUGGAGACAACAGCAGAUGGUCCCAGAAGUGAUUUAUUAACAGAAACACCAUUAUAUUUUGGUGGGGUACCUACAGAUUACUUGAUUGAAGAUGAUAUGGCGCCAACUCUAGUAAGAACUGUGGGCUGUAUUGGUGAUGUCACUGUAAAUAUGGAUUCUGUUAAUUUUGCAAGUAUUGUUGAAAAUGACCGGGUUGGGGCUACAAUAGGUAGCUGUCCACUUACAGAAUAUGAAAAACGUGUAGAUCUGAUUGAACCAUCUAAAGAGACACCUGUUGAAUCCACUGUUACACCAGAAACAGAAAGAAUGAUAACAACAACACCAGCUCCUCAGUGUGCUUUACCUCUAGUACCAGAAGAAAAUCUGGCAGAAAAUGUCAGUGGAAUCCGAUUUGGGGCUCAAAUUGACAGUCGAGUUGAAUAUGAUAUUCGAUUACGAUUUAGAAUCAGGUCCAAGUUCUAUUUAGAAUUCAAGACUGAUGCUCAAAAUGGUGUCCUAUUUUAUGUAGCCGAUAAAAAACAGUUAGAUCAUAUAUCUCUUUCUAUGCUUAAUGGAAUAGUAGUGUACACUUUUAACUGUGGUUCUGGAUCAGCAGUUAUCAGAAGUGCCAAAAAAUAUAAUGACGGCCAAUGGCAUCAGGUAUUGUUUGAGCGUCGAAUGAAAAGUGGUACUUUGACAAUCGAUGGAGAUGAAGUUGUUUCUGGUGAAUCAGUAGGAGGUACUAGAUCUAUUAAUGUUAAUAGAUCUCCAUUUUACAUUGGCGGAAUACCUGAUGACAAAAGAAAAUUAUCACUACGCAAUCUUAAGGAGGCAAGCACAAGUUUUAUAGGUUGUAUCAGAAAUAUUCAAUUAAAUAAAAAAGAUUUUGGUCCACCAACUCAACAGUUUAACACAUCACCAUGUUCAGAUACUAUGGAAUCUGGAACAUUCUUCCCAGAAAGUUCAUAUGUGCAAUUAUAUGAUAAUUUUAAAGUUGGUUUAGAUAAAGAAAUAACAUUGGAUAUAAAACCACGAGUAACGUCCGGUGUUAUUGUAGCGGUACAUAAUAAAGGUGGUGAUUUCUUUACCAUAGAACUUGUUGAAGGAAAGGUUGUGCUGAGUACUGAUAAUGGAGCUGGUAUCAUAUCAACAGAAUUUAUUCCACCUGCUGAAAAUUCUCUUUGUGAUGGCAACUGGCAUACAAUUAAAGCCAUUAAAGCUAAGAAUGUAGCUACUCUUGAAGUGGAUGGAAUUGCUAUGCCACCUGCUAUAGGUAAAGCUGGAACAUCAGAAGCCAAUACAAAUGAUCCAUUCUAUAUUGGUGGUUUGCCAGAAGGCGGUUUACGUAAGGGAAUUCAAACAGAAGAUACCUAUGUUGGAUGUAUCCGCAAUCUGAUGAUAGAUGGAAAGAUAGAAUUUAUCGGAUCUGGAAAGAAUAUGGGUAGUGUCCAGAUACUAUCCUGUCCCCUAUCAUAAAUCUGAAUCUCUUCGAUCUUUACUUGAAAUGUUGACUCUCAAUUUUAAAUACAAGGAAAUGUUGUACUAGGAUGUCUUUGACACUUUUAACCCUUAACUGGUCAGGCUAAAAAUGGAUAUUUGGUUUUAAGUGGUCACACGUUUUAUGUCAAAAGCUUAAAUGCCAACAUGUGACCACCUUGCAAUUCUGAAAUUGUGACACUGACACACUAAUGGUUGAUGUUAAAUUGUGAAUGAUUAUGAAAAGAAACAAAUGGUAAUACCAAAAAAUAUUUUGAAGUUUUUAAACUUUUUUAUUUUCUGUUUUAGGUUUUUAUGGAUUUUAAUAUUGUAUAAUAUAGUUUAUAUUUUUGAAUUAUAAUAUAGCUGAAUAUAAAAAUAAAUAUGUUGUGCGAAAUUUUUCCAACAGAUCAUUAGACAUUCGCUUGUAUUACUUGCAGAGAUAAAGAAGGUUUGACAGAAAAUGUUAACUUUAUGACAAAAAGACUUAUAUAAAUGAUUGAAACCUAACAAACUAUAACAAAAUAUGUAACAAGAAGAAGUCUUAACAGUUUCUGUCUUACCUUUAAACCUGUCUGUUUUCUUAUAUAUUAAAUUGGCUCAAGUUUCAAGUAUUGAUUGAUGGCUUCAGGCCGAUUAAGAUUUUUAGUGAAUGCAAACAAAUCAUAAUGAAACCGAACAACUUAGAUUUCAAACUAAAUAUAAAUAAAAUAACAGUAAUAUAAAUAAAGUAACAGUAACUUAUUCUAAGCAGUUAUUUUAAUACCAAAAGACAUAUUUUGCUCAAUUUUAUAUUGGAAAUUCAUGUUUUUAAAAAUAUUUUGGAAAGACAUGUUUUAAUAAUGUUUUGGAAAAUGAUUUGUACAUGUAGCUGUUUUAAAGAUUCAGUGUUUUCUAUAUUAGAAUACUUUUAAUACUCAGUACUGCAUUUUAUCAUUUUAUAUACCACAACUUCUAGUCCCUCUACCUAUCUAGUUGUCUCAGGAUUCUCAUAAUAAUAGAUUUGAACUACUUAUCAGAGAAACAAAUUGGAGGUUAAAAUUUAAUGAUUUUCAAUAUUAAUACAGAAUUUUAGUGGUUCUAAUUCAUUAAUUAUUAUAUUAUAUUAAAAUUCAUAUUUCGAUCAGUUAAUUUCCAUGUACAGUUAAUGUGUCUAUGUUAAAAACAUUCUGUGCAUUUAUUUCUACUUAAUGACUCAAAAUAUCCAGUCCUGUGCUAAAACAUUGCGUCAUAUAUGAAUCUCUAAUUCAACAGAACAAUUAUAAUAUAAAAUCCAUCAUAUAAAUAUGCAAGAUUUGGAUUUCGCAGUGAUUGAUAAAGAUAUUAAAAAUAUUAUUCUAUUACUUAAAUAUUUCUUUGUAAAUGUAUAAAUAAAUUUUGGAAAAACUGCUGGUUACUAUUAGAGGGGUACUCUGGAUGAAUAUCUUCAAACAAAAUAACAAAAAAAGUUUUAUUAUGCAGUGAUUACAGUCUCUAUUUAUUUACCAUGCCAUCUUUUAAUAUGCCCUUGAUAUGCCAUCUUUUAAUAUGCCCUUAAAUCUAAUUAAUAAAUUUUUUAUUUGAUGUAAAAUCUUAAAUUUUGGACCAGAGUACUUCUUUGUCUUAAAUUCAUCUACUUUUUUGCUGAUUAACAUUUUAUCAGAAAUUUUGACCACUAAAUUUUGCAGGUUUGGUUCAGUUUAGAGAGACAAGAUGCAUGAUUAUUUUCUACAUCAAAUAACAUUUUGAUAAUAUUUCACAGAAUCCCAGCGAACAAACAGUCAAAAUGUAUAGGCCCAUGUUUGGUUGUAGACUUGUAGUCAUGUGUCUCCUUUCUCUACAUGUAAUAAGUAAAUUAAUGAAAUUUCUGGUAAAAUAGCUGAUGUAGACCUACUCUGUUUUCAUGUUGAGGUACAUUAUAAGUUUCAUGUUACGUUUUUAAAACUUUUUUUCAGCAUUUUGUAUUAAAAGAUUUAUUUGUUCAUGUUUUGUUUUUAUAAUAAUAUACUUUUUAUCAGCAUUUUAUAUUAAAAAAAUAUACAAAAUCAAUGUAUCAUGGUGCUACAAAAUUGAUCAUUUAAAUUGCAAUAAUACCAGUACAUUAAUUAUAUAUAGUGUAUAUUAAUAUUAUUUGAUAACUGUGAUUUUUUCUACUUGUCAUGUACAAUUUUUUAAUUUAACUAAAUGUACUUUAAUGUCAGAACAGAAUAAAUUAGUCCUAAUUUUCAUACACUAGUCAAAUAUAUCUGAUAAA